CAGAGGUGGCAGGCGCAUCACUCUGCCUGAAGACAAACGGAAUUAUGUUUCUAACACUCAAGUUUAUGACAUUAACCCGGCCGCUGGCGUUAUGAAACACAGUGGAGUCGAGCAGUGAGGUCGGAAUACACCCUGACAGAAGCCUUCAGCGCAAUGGGAAAAUCGUGGAGGAAUUGAUCAUCCAUAGAUCUGCAGGUAAUGCCAGACUCCUGUGGCUUCUGUGUUGUAAAUAUAGUGAGGAAAUAUUUCCCCUCGGCCCAUAAUUCCACUUUAUAGCCCACAUGGAUUCCUAUAAUUUCCACUUCGAGAGGAUGAGCAACCUUGACCUACACCCUCUGAGUCUCCCGGUCAGUCGACUCUCCCCGGCCAAGUCCACUAGCAGUAUUGAUCAGUAUACACACCACCACGGCAAAGGGGACUCCGCCUAUAGCUCAUUCUCUGGUGGCUCCACCGUCCCCGAUUACCCUUCUCCCUUUCUCCUGGAUGAAAUCCAGUCGCAAAGCUUGCACUACACCGAUCUGAAAUGCGGGAGAGCUAAAUAUAGCCCAACCUGUCUAGAUUCAGAUUCCAAGAGCAUGGACCACAUUUACCGUUCGAUGGAAACCGUUGCACAACAGCGUCGCAGGAGCAGCGUUGACUUUUCUGGCAUUGAAAAUCCAUCAGUUCACAAGCAUCCAUUACCACCCCCACCACCUCCUACCCGUCUGAACAGUUUCGUAACAACCAGGAAUCUCGAAAACUCAAGGGCACGUCAGAGUCCAGAAGGACAGCUUGCUGAUGUUUCUGCUUUACAUCAGACCGUUAACCCAGAGGUCUCUGGGGUCCGGACUGAACCUGUCCAUGGUCGCGCAUUUUCACAGCUUAAAGAUCACCUCACGCCAGAACCAGCGGACAAGGUGCUUGAUCCACCAAAGCCUACAGAGAUUUCAAAUAGAUCACCCCUACAAACAUGUCAACCCGAUUACUUGAGUGGCCAUUCAGAAAAGCAACGAAAAAGGUCUCAUUCAGCUUACGGUGGACCCGUUUCUGAGAAUCAGUGUUUGGUCAGCUCCUGCCGUAUGCCACAGAACAUGAUCAGUGGGAGUAUUCAGCACAAAGGACAAUUUUAUUUUGUAACUGGUGUCUUCAAGUCCUCUGAGCCCAGUGUCAUGCAAGGUGUCCUUGAAGACAGUGCAAGCGAGGAAACCUCUAGAGAGUGGUCCUAUAAAGCUCAGCGUAGAAGGCAGAGCUGUCCCGAUGGUCCGAGUGGGAAGCUGUUCUUUCAAGAGGAACACAAAUUCAGCAUUCGGAAUGAAGUUGUCGAGCAUCCGAAUAACAAGUCCGAGGAGACUUGUGAAGGUGUAGAGGACUGUAGAGAAACUAGCAUGCAUCACUCCACUAGCCACCCUAUCUUCUACUGUGGUCCCGAGGACAAGUCAAUUGGUUCAGUAAUCACCCCUGCUCUAAUUAAGGAAGACCAUACCAGUCGUCCCAAGAAAGAAGAAGAGAUGACCAGAGAUUCAAGAUGGCCCCAACUUAAUAUUCCAAGUGACAAGAUCAGCAAGGAGACGACCCCACUGUUGUAUCACCUCACAGGAGCGAACAGGGCAUCAUAUCCAGGCAAGUUCAAAAACAGUAAUGAUUGUGGGAAGGUGAUCAAGAAUCAAGACUGUGUACAAGAUAAACCGAAAACUCAAAAUGAUGGGCAAGCCUCGCCCAACGGCGAAUAUGGUCAGGGCGAAGCCCCUAAAGAUCAACCAAAUGAAUUCUUCUACCCUUGUGGCACGUUAGAUGACUCCUACAAAAAGUAUUACAAGGAGAAACUGAAAGAUGCCCAAUCCAAGGUUUUGAGGGAGACUUCUUUUAAAAGGAGAGAUUUGCAACUUUCUCGGCCACACAGGAUCAAGCUACAGACGGACAAGAAUCUCUCAUGUUCUCCAUCACUAGACGUACGGGCCAACUUGGACAGUCCCAGUCCUCAAGAAGCAGACCAGGAGUACACGAAAGAGCUUGGUCAGGAGAUUGACAAGGAGAAGCCACAGAAUAUUGCUCAACCACAGGUGCCUCGGGUUGGGUGUAGAAAGCGUUUGACAGCAGAUCAGAAAAAACUGUCUCACUCCGAGCCGGAGAAGCUGCACCUGCUGGCCGAUGGACCCGCUCAUAUGACAUGCCUCUCUCUUGACAACGAAGCUGAAGGUCUUCUUUCAGAGAGUGAUCACGGUCUAGUGGCUGCCAGGCGGAAGAUGUUUGAAACACGGGGCCGUGCUAUGUCCGCCUCCAACUUCUCAAAAUCAACUCUGAAGCACCUUCAGCACAAAGCCUUGGUUGCGUACAUGGAACGUAAAACUGGUCAAAAGGUACCGGAGCCCCAGCAUCCAGUUCCACAAGUUCCCAUACCCAGAAAUUCAACUUCGGAGUGGAGCUCCAGACAUAAUUCUGGUUCCACCAAGAACAGGCCUCUUUCUGCAGGUCAAAUUCUUGACUCUGCGUCAAGUUCUGGUAAACACACCCAGUUCACCACUGCUCAACCCAGCUGUCACUCAAGGCAGUCCAGCUGGAGAGAAGAGUCCUCGAAAGCAGGGAAUUCAGCCUCCGUGGAGAGUCUCCUGGACCCGCCUGAACAACCCAAGUUCCUACGGACUCGCAGCACCUCCACCCCCCAUGCUUUCCCGGUUCGGAAACAUCUGGAUGAGUUGUCAGCCAUUCAUAACAUGGCUAUUUCAAGUGCUCAAAGAAAAGUAGAAGAUACACUAGUCCAUCAUAGUCGUACAGCAUCUGUCCAUGAGGAGCGGCGGGUACAAAUCAGAGCUCCCAGAGGGAAAUCUAUGGAGGAACUGGGUGUGUCCAUUAUCACGAAACCUGGCGUUCUCAGCAAAAGUUCUGAGCAGCUUGACCAACUUCGGGGCGAGCAGGCCCUGCCUGGUGCUGAGAGGAGAACGGCGCCGGUUCUUGCUGAAGGAAGGCACACACCGGGGAAGAUUCUCAGCGCCGGAAAACCCACGGAUAACUCUCAGGCAGGCCCUGGGAACACACUCCUAACCAAUUCUGCAAAGCAUUCAUCCUCCAAUAACGAUGAAAUCCAUAUAGCUUCACAAAAUGGAUGUAAACGUCAAGUUGACACUGUUCUGUCCAUGCCUGGUCACUCCACCGGACCUGGUGGAAACAUGCUGGAAGUCAGCAAGGAGCAGGAGGAUUUUUCUCAAGAUAAGAGUGAAUCAUCUGUCUCCAGUCAAGAGGUCUCUCUCCUUCAUGGAGUCAGAGCAGAUCCUAGUCAACGGACCUCGACUUCUGAGGCACAUUGUUCAUCUCCUGAAGCGCCAGGGUUUCCUGAACCCCAAAAUGCACCACCUGACCCGUACGGUGCCAUCACAACACCACCUGGCAUUCAAGAGUCCAGCCUGGCACCUGCACUUAACGAGGAACAAGACAGGAAUAUAAAGGAGGAAGACGGCCCUCUUGUGAUUGAAAACGGGGACAAACUCAAGUGGGAGGUGCUUGUUCAGGAAGUGGUCUCAGCUGACCAAUCAUUAGCUCGUACUCUUUACCCUAUAACCAAUAGGAAGACAGCACUCAUGCUGAUGGAGCAGCUGUUAUCUGAAGAUAAUCUUCUAAUGGAGGAGCACUACAAGAAAAAACACGGGCAGGCGGUUAAUCACCCUGACACAGCAGCGCACAGCACUGAGACGACAGCUUGUGCCAAACCGUUGAUCCUUCCGUCAUCUGUGAACAAUGAGUCCGUUCUCUCAAACCAAAAAGAAGAACUGUGCAACACGGAAAUGGAUAUCAUCGAGAAGAAGAGAUGGCUGAUAGCACGUAUCGAGGAGCGUUUGAAGUGUGUGGAGGAGGUCCGGUCCGGCGUCCAGGCCGAGGUGAAGGCGAACGGUGUGUGUGGCGAUGCUAUAGAGGCUCUGGUGCGGGAGAGCUGUGUGCCAGCCGAGCUCGAGCGAUACACACAGUUUAUCGGAGACCUGGAGCGGGUGGUGAGUCUUCUUCUCUGCCUGUCCGCUCGUCUGGCCCGCGUGGAGAAUGCCCUCAGCGCUGCGGACGACAACAUGGACACCGAGGAGAAGCAAUCGCUGGACAACCGCUACCGUCUCCUGUGCAAACAGAGGGAGGACGCCAAAGACUUGAAGGAAAACCUGGACCGUCGGGAGCGCCUGGUCUCCAGCUUUCUGUCCAAGCACCUGACGGACACACAGAUGCAGGAGUACCGGCUCUUCAUCCAGACCACGGCCUCCUUACUCAUCCGCCAGAAAGACCUGGAGGAGAAGCAGCGUUUAGGAGAGGAGCAGCUCGAGGCCUUGCUCAGCACUAUCCCAACUCCAUGAGAACAUCUCCAGACAUCUGCCGACUCAUGUGUUUUCCUGAGACUGGUAAUGCUUUGAAACACUAGCGGCUUUCACACCGGAAGAAGCGGUUCAUAGUUCCUGCAACUAUUGGCGGUUCUAAGUUCCCAGAGUUUGGCGCAUUCGCACCGCAGGAACUAAUUUAGCUAAUAGCUAAUCUAACCCUAACCCUAACUGACCGUGACCUCAGUGUUCGAACAAACACCAGAACACGCCAUCUUUAAAAACACACAGAUUAUAGCCUAUAUAUUUACUGAAGACACUUAACUCUAUGAACAUGUCAAACAGUGAUAGAUGAGUCUCUCGACCUCUACACUGAGGAGAAAACCCAACGUGACUUUGAGACAUGAUCUGCUCAUCAACACACUAAUAACUCUUCAUUACUGACGACUUUCUGUAUAACAGUUUUAUUUGAGACAGAUCGUAGACUAAUGAACACGGAGAAUGUGAGCGACGUCAAAAUAAAAGUCUCAACAGCGUCACUCAGAGAUAGGGUUGGGUAUCGUUUGAAUUUGAACGAUUCUGAUGCCG